GGUCCUGGGACGCUCUAGGAACUCGCGUUUGCUUUGGCGGGGUCAUCGAGUCUCGCUGUGCUUUUGGUUCGUAAGGUCCCGCCUCAGCCCGCGCUCCCAGACGUCAUGGUAGACGUGCAAUGUGCUAUCAGCACUGAACACCGGCUGGGAGAAGCACCUUAGGAAGUGGCCUAGGGCGCAGAGGCGGAAAGUGCGGCCACACGAACAGGCGUGGCGGCCAAUCAGCCGCCGGCCUCCGUUCUGUGCUCCAACCGGCGCAGAGAGCGGGCCUGAGGGAGGCCGUGGCAGCUGUCAGGCUAAAGUCGGGCGAGGGAUCGCGGCAGGACGGCGGCGGGACGGCGGCGGCGGCGGCGGCGGCGGGACGGGCCCUGGAGAUGAGCCGUGGCGCCGCGGGCUGGUGCUGUCUCGUGCUCUGGCUGCCCACGUGCGUCGCGGCCCACGGCUUACNCAUCCAUGACUACUUAUACUUCCAAGUGCUGAGUCCUGGGGAUAUUCGAUACAUCUUCACAGCCACACCUGCCAAGGACUUUGGUGGGAUAUUUCACACACGGUAUGAGCAGAUUCACCUCGUCCCUGCUGAACCUCCAGAGGCCUGUGGGGAACUCAGCAACGGCUUCUUUAUCCAGGACCAGAUCGCUCUGGUGGAAAGGGGGCCUGGAGCACCAGGAAGAAAGGCUUCGUGGUCCUGCCUUCCCACACUCACCAGACUGAGAGUCUCUUCAUAAAGGGCCUCUUCGAAGAGCCCACGCAGAAGUUCCAGCUGGUCCUGGUUUAGGGGAAACAGAGGGACAUUGAAGCCCUGGGAACUUCCCCUUAGCACCAGGUAAGUAGGGAAGUCAAGUAAUAGAAAGAAAAGGAGCCAUCGGUGUGCCUGAGCUUUCCCUGGGGACACAGGCAGUACUUAGCUCCAAGUCUGCAGGCUCCAAAUGAGGGUGUAAACUCAAACCUUUCUUCCUUUUUCCAGUACGCGUUCCAGCAAGACUGAGGCAGCAGGGCUUAGAACACCUAUCCUUACCCUCCCUUGGAGUGUCCCUAAGAUUUGCUUGGCCUCUGACCAACUUGGCUUUCCCCUUCUUUCUUCUAGAUCCAGUACAGUAACACUGCCUGAGAGAUACACCUUUCCCACAGCUGCGCUCCCGCCCUCUUCCUCCCUCCCUCGGACAGCCCCUACCUCUGGCAGCCUCCCCACUUGGGCAGCUCCAAAGGAAGGCUGAGGGCCUUAGUGUCUUAUUCUCACCUCACGAAUUUCACAGCUCUCUGACCUGUGGAGCCCCAGCCCUUCCACUCUCCAGAAAGCCUGAUGUGUCUGCUGCUGCCUUCCUCAGAGUCUUGCCUUCCCACAUGGGGUAAUAAGCACUCCUGGGUAGGACAUGCAGCCCUUUGUCCCUACUUCCAAUUUUAGAUCUAUAUUAGGUCGCAAAGGUAAGUGGCACUAGGAUGUGCAUUCUUUGAAGGGAUUUUCAGGACCAGAUUUUUACCCCUGCUGUAGCUGAGAAGANGGCAAAUGUAGAGUUUCCCCUAAAAGUAGCCACAGACACCCCGGGCUACUUGAGGGGCUGGGGUAAGGGCUGUGGGAGAAAGCCGACCUUG